AUGGCGGGCGGUAAGAAACUUACCAAAGAAGAUGAAAUUUUACUGCAAAAUUUCAGCAGAACCGUCUCCACAAAAUCUUCUGCUUUGUUCUAUGCUAAUGCUUUCUUCGUAUCGGCCAUCCCCUUGUGUAAGUUUAUCUUUUCUACAUUUUAUUUCAGCGUUGAAAUAAUCACAUGCGUACGAUUCUUUGUUCGAUCGACUCAUGGUUUUUUGAUGUUUUACUGUUUCAGGGCUGUUUUGGAGGAUUCACCAGAUGGAUCCCUACUCUUCUGGCAUCAUGUUCGUUGUAAUGACCUUGAUCAGUACGUGGCUUGUAGCAUUUGCGUACAAGAACGUGAAAUUUCAACUAAAACACAAGUACGUGGACUACUACUGUAAUUCAAUACAAAGCAGAGUUAGUAUAAAUAUUUGGUAAACCACCUCUGGAUGAUUACGUUGCAGUAAUUAUUGGACGGUUGAGUAGAUUUUGUUUCAUCAGUGACCUAGUUGAUUUCAUCAAUAUAGCUGAUACUUUUUUAAGGGUUUAUUUCUGAUAUUUGUGCGAAAUAAGUUAGUAAGUCUUUCGUUAGUAAGUCUCUUUUAACAAAAAAAGAGAAAAGCUCUUUUAAAUAUGAACGUGUACGUUAGUUCCUGCUGCUCUUACUUAUAGAUAGCAAGUCAAAUGCUAUAAGAUGUCAGUUGUUUUUAUUUCAUACAUUGGUUCUUCUCCUUGUUCAUUUGCUUAUUCCUAAUGUUCACCAGAAUUUUUGAAGAACAAGGAACAAUUUAAGUAGGUGGCAAUUGAUUUACAGUGGAGCGUCUAUAUAACAAAGAGCCAAGGAAAUGGCAAAAUUUGUUCCCAAUAAUGAGUAUGUGCCACGAUUGGCCAGUUCAAAAUGAUAAGUCCGUUAGGGGCCCCGAAUAAGGAUGUUGGUGCUACUCUGCAGACUUUUCUAACCGGGGUUAGAUUAUGACUAUAAUGCAGGCUAUUCUAUGAUGACUGGACAAUGAUUUUAUCCAGUUGCCAGAGCUUCUGAUGAAUACCAUCGACUGUUUGAUGUAAUAUUAUUUCAGGAUUGCACAGCGUCGGGAUGUCUCAGUGACCAAGGAAGUUAGCAUGGAGUUAGAUUCUAACAAGAAACUGACCCGCCAAGAAAAGGAUGAAAGGUUAGGAUGGUGAUAAUUUUUAUUUUCUUGGCAUUCAUGAUUACAAUGAAGGAAUAGCACACUUUGUUUAGAAGACAAACAGGAUACUUGUGUACACUAAGAUGUACAGUAUUUCCCUUUUUUGUAGUGGACAAAAAGACUUGUGCUCAAACACCAUGUCCUUUUUGAAUUUGCCUUCUUAAGGAGUUGAUAAAAGCAAAUUCAUAUGUUCCACUCUCCCAAGCACUGAUGUUUAUGUAGAACCACUUUCUUUACUUCGGUUGCAAAAGAUGAAGAAUGUUUUAGUGCACUAUUACAUUUGGCUCUCGUUUGUUGGCAUGGCGUCUUGACUCAGUCACACAGGAACUGGCCUUCAGCAUCAAGUCUGCUUCUCUUUGCUGCCUUUUUAAAGGCUAGUUUUUACAGUAACAGAGCCAAACUUGGCAAAACACGCUCAUGCCAGGCUAGGUUUUGCAUUUUGUACUUUGUUCACAUUUGAUAGUGCGUAUUUCACACAGAAAAAACUUACCUUGAUGGUUCUGUUAGAAAUUAUUCUAAAUUAGUAGCUGGCCGUAAAAUACAUUUUUAGAUCUACUUACUGUGAUCAGAAAGGUUACUUGAGUAGAUGAAAGCAAAACAGAUAUAAACUGCUUGCAAAGAUCGAAGUGGAACUCAGGUUGGUUCCCAGAGUCCUCUCCUCGUUGUCUUGUUUUCAUGUUGUCCACAACAAACAUGGUGGCUGUGUUUUUUAUCGGUAGAUUUUCUGAUUAUAAUCGAUGAUCGAUCUGCUGGAUCAGUGCAGUUAUUUGUGAUGAUUGAUGAAAAAAUCUCAGCUGAUUCCCAUCACUAUCUGUUACAGUGUUUGGCCAGGGAAGGAAAGUCAGUUUUGGGUUAAAUGAUAAGAAGGUUUGAAAAAAAUUAAAGGGGGCUUAAGAAAGUAGCAUUUUAACUGUACUGUGUUACUGAUGUAAGCUUUUUUGUCUUGUAGGAUCCUGUGGAAAAAGAACAAAGUUGCUGAAACAGAGGCCAUCUCUUUCUCCAUCUUUUAUAACAACUCCCUCUACCUGUUUUUGAUCCUGAUAGCUUCAUUUUAUGUUCUACGAACAUUCAACCCCGCUGCGUAUCCUUGAGAGUUUAUGUUUAUCUUUCAAAUUUUGAAAUGUUGGUGACGUUGUAAAUGGAUCCUUAUAUUUUUGUGCUUACAGAGUUGCGCAUUUUGCAAAAUUUAAGUUUCUGGUUAUCAAGGAAUUAGUAAUAGCCAAUUUUCAUUAUGAUGUCUUUUUACUACUACAUGUAAGAUCAGAAUUUAUUUUUUUCUUUCGUAUUUAAAUUUGUUAAUCCUAGUGAGGUUAAAGUAGCAAUAGCCCUAAUUUGCAAAAGAAAGCAGAACCCUGAAGGAUUCUGGUAGUAGCAGGAAAAGAACACGAUCGUGCAAACGGCCUAUUGCGUAAGUGGCGCCAUCAUUAAAAACCCUGUUUUAUGAUUUACGCAACCCAUUGGCUGAAAUUUUAAAUAACUUCCUGGCUUUUUUGUUGUUAUUUCACUGUUUUUAUUCUCAUCAUUGUCAUCAUUUUCAUCAUCGUUGUCAUCAUCAUCGUCGUCAUCAUCAUCAUUAUUGUAAUGUUUAUUCAUUUAUUGAACAUGUGUGGCAUUUCCUUAACAUAGUUGUAGAAACUAUCUCCUCUCCACUGCGCUUGCUGGUGGAGUGCUAGCUCUGUUGUCCACAGGUUCAUCAGCGUGA